AUGCGCGUCAUGUCCGGUCCUGCCCUGGCAGUGGCCGUAUCCCAAGCGGGAGGGUUGGGAUUUAUUGGCCCAGGCGCCAAGGCGCAGGACACUGAGACCGAUCUUGAAGAAGCAAGAAAGCUCGUGGAACGAGCCCGGACCUCAUCGACUGUUUUCGGAGAGUCUUCGCUCGGUGAUCAAACCAUCUUACCCGUGGGAAUCGGCUACCAGCUCUGGGGAGACGAUAUCGAGGUUGCUGUCAGGGCGAUCCAGCGCUUCAAACCCUGUGCUGCAUGGCUUUACGCGCCCAAAACCGGCCCCCAGGAAUUUGAUGACUGGUCUCGCCGAAUCCGACUAGCAUCGCCAGAGACCCAAAUCUGGAUUCAGAUAGGCACCCUAGCAGAGGCGAGACAACUUCUUGCAAACUCCGAGAAGCCCGACGUCGUGGUUGUCCAGGGAGCAGAGUCCGGUGGUCAUGGACGCGCUACGGAUGGACUUGGCCUCAUGACGCUGUUUCCCGAGGUCGCCGAUGUCAUGGAGGGAAGCGAAAUCGCGCUGCUGGCGGCGGGGGGAAUCGCUGAUGGAAGAGGAGUUGCUGCAGCGCUGUGUCUUGGCGCCUCGGGUGUUGUAAUGGGCACUCGAUUCUUAGCUGCCAGCGAAACACGAAUUAGCAAAGGAUAUCAGGAGGAAGUUGUUCGAGCCUCAGACGGGGCAGCUUCGACUACACGGACCUUACUGUACAAUCACCUUCGUGGUACCUUUGGGUGGCCCCCCGAGUACAGUCCGAGAACGAUCAUCAACAAGUCAUUUGAAGAGCACACAGCGGGACGUGCCUUUGAUGAUCUGAAAGUACUGCAUGAUGAGGCAGUGAAAGGUGGAGACAGUGCUUGGGGCCCCGAGGGUCGGACAGCGACAUACGCAGGAGCUGCCGUUGGCCUUAUUCACGACGUUACCAGCGCCGGCGAGAUCGUUCGUCGCAUCCAGAGAGAUGCUCUCAAGCGGAUACAGUCUUUGGCAUCAAGAUAG